AUGCAAUUAGAAUCAACCCAAACUUAUUAUGAUAAUAAAGGAAAUGCUCUAGAUGAGUUAGGCAGAAGAGAAGAAGCUAUGGAAUCAUAUAAAAAAGCUAUAAAAAUCGAUUCAAAUAAUAACGAUGCAUACAAUGACAUAGGAGAUGCCUUCUAUCAUGAGAAGAAAUAUGAAGAAGCAUUAAAGCAUUCAAAGAUACAAUUAGAAUCAAACUAA